GCUAACCACUACGUCUACACAAUGAAUCGACUGAAGUCCGAUCAAAAAACAAAGCUCCGGCAGUUCGUCCAGUGGACUCAGGUCACGGAAGCUGUGUCUCUCAACUUCCUGGCAAAAGCUAAUUGGAAUAUCGAAUACGCGAUGACUCUGUAUUUCGACAAUCCUAAUCUUUUUGCUGGAUCGACACCACAGCCGAGCGUUGAUAGGUCCAAUAUCGAGCGCCUCUUCAAUCAGUAUGUCGACCCAAAGGAUAAAGUUGGAGAAAAACGAAUGGGACCCCACGGAAUCAAUCGUUUGCUCACUGAUCUUGGCUAUGAAGCUACUGAUCGCCGGGUUCUUGUGCUCGCCUGGAAGUUUACUGCACAGACACAAUGUGAAUUCUCGUUGGAUGAAUGGGUGAAAGGAAUGACAGCUCUUCAAGCGGAUACUGUUCAAAAUUUGAGACAACGAAUCGAUUCGAUUAAUUCAGGACUGGAAUCGGAUAAGGCAAAAUUCCACGAGCUCUACCUAUUUGCCUUCAACUAUGCCAAAUCCGCCGCUUGCCGCAAUCUGGAUCUUGAAACUGCCAUCUGUUGCUGGGAUGUUCUUUUCGGACAACGAUCAACAAUUAUGACUCAAUGGAUCGAUUUUCUAUGGGCACAGGAGAACGCGGCGGCGUCUCGCCUCGCUCAGAACGUGGGCGCUUCCAAUGCGAAGCAAUUCAAAUCGGUGUGGAUCUCUCGUGACACGUGGAAUCUCUUCUGGGACUUUAUUCUUCUGAGUAAGCCAGAUUUGUCGGAUUACGAUGAUGAAGGAGCAUGGCCAGUGCUUAUUGAUCAAUUCGUUGAUUAUUGCCGUGAAAAUCUCAAUUAUCCAAAGCCAGGAAAUGCGUCAAAUGAUCAGCAAAUGGAGACACCAAGUUAUUAUUAGGACAAACAAUUCUAAAAUCCUAAAGUAUCCCAUGCUCAAGACUAUCUUCAAAAUAACAAUUCACACCGCCGGAACAAAUCGAUAAUGUCUUCAAUGCGGUCGUCGUCUCCAUCUCAUCCAUCAACUCUAUUUCUCUCUCAUCAUUUAAUCUCUUCUGAUCCGUUGUUUUUUCUCGUCUCCGGAAUCCCACUUAUUUCUUUUUGCCCAUCGUCUCUUUCUCUAUUCUAUCCCUCUCUCACCUAAAGGUUUUGUCUCUGUCUCCCAGUAUGCUCUCUGAUCCUAGUUGUCUCUCGCUACAUUUCCGUUACUUUUCGACCAUAUUACUCUCUCCCUCUGCACAUACUCUUUGACGGGUUGCUGCCUCAUUUCUCUAUCUCUCUCCAUCUCUCUUCUUCCAAGAAGAAGAUCACAAUGAAAAGUAGAAAAAUGAUAAAGUAUGGAAAAAGUUAAGAAUAUUUUUCAUUUGAGUAUUUAUGUGAAUCCUGUAAAUUUGAUUUUGAAAAUUUGCUCCCCCCUCCAUCAUUUUCUCAACUUUUCCAUUUUCUAUUCUUCAUUUAACCAUUUUUUUUGCCUUUCUUACAAAAACUCCAUAUGUGUUCACUAUGAAAGUAUGUACGUAUGCAUAAAUCAAUUCUUUUACAU